GCUCCGGAGAGCUCGCCGGCUCACAUGUGGCGCACAUUUGCUGCAAUGAGUGUGCAGAGCAGAUAAAUGGAGGGAGCGGGAGGGCGCUCAGUUCACGGGGUAACCGAUUGUAAGGCCCAGCAGCUCCCAGGAAUCCCCGCGUCGCGCCUGCGCAGUAAGGGUGUCAGCUCAGGAAGAGGAAAACAGAAGAGAGACGAGCGAAAAAAACAAAAAGGGGAGACGUCGGAGGGGGCGGAACGGCUCCCGUUACACCCAUCCCGGGAUUACCAGGGGCCCGCGCACAGUCAAGCGGACUUUUCAGGCGGAAGGCCCUUUUGGAUAAAGCCAUAGGGAGUUCGUACAGGCCCAGAGCAGGGGCCCCUCUGCUUUCCAUUCACCGGUUUGGCCCCGUUAUAGCCCCCCAUGGUGGAGCCGUAUGCCAAGGGUGGAGCAGUAGCAGCAGAGAGGCCAUGAACAGCGGACUGACCCCGUCCCCCUCCACCGGGGUGGUAGCGGCGGCAGGAGCCCCGCUGGGUGCCGUGGGAGUCCCGGGCGUGAAGCUCAAGUUCUGUCGUUACUACGCUAAGGAUAAGACGUGCUUUUACGGCGACGAGUGCCAGUUCUUGCACGAAGACCCGCUUGGCAUCCAUGGCAACAGCAGCAGCGGCCCGCUUGGCCUUCCAGGAGGAGUUGGGGGCGGCUACCCGCAACCCGGACUACCAGGACCGCCGGGGGGAGGCCCAGGGGGCAAAAAGGUGGAACUUGCGGGGCACCCCCUGGAUGCCCAGCGUUUAGCUAGUCCAUCUUGGAGCUUGCAUUCUGCUACAGAUUUUGAUGCGCGUCCUGCAGUUCCUGGGAUAGACGGUGCUUUAUCCGAUACGAGUAUCACAGACUCCUACUUCAGCUCCAGCUUUAUUGGAAUGAAUGGGUUUGGGAGCCCGGCUGAAGCAAGUUAUCCAAGGAUGCAGCGAAUGACGAACAGCAGCAGUUCCCCAAGCCUUCUCAAUGACAGUGCCAAGGCCUACACACACGAUCCUUUAGGUUCUCCGGCUUCCACACUUUUUAAUGACUUUUCUGGCCUCAGUAUGUCUCAAAGGCGAAAGACUCCUAAUCCGACUGCUAGCGAGUUUAUUCCAAAGGGAGGAUCAACUUCUCGGCUGAGUAAUAUGUCACAGUCCAGCAUGCCUGCCUUCUCUCAAGCUUUGUUCUCCCAUCCUUCCAUGGGUGCUCCCACAGCAGCCGGUCUUGCUCCAGGGAUGUCUUUAUCAGCUGGAUCUUCACCACUUCACUCUCCUAAAAUUACACCCCACACAUCUCCUGCUCCUCGGAGGCGGAGCCACACACCAAACCCAGCAAACUACAUGGUGCCCACUAGUGCCUCAACACCAGUCACAAACUCUGUUUCGCAGCCCCCACCUGCAGGACAGGUUAUACAGAAAGAGACCGUAGGUGGAACAACCUAUUUCUACACAGACUCCACUCCAGCACCUCUCACGGGAAUGGUUUUUCCGAACUAUCACAUCUACCCUCCAACAGCUCCUCAUGUUGCCUACAUGCAGCCAAAAGCAAAUGCUCCUUCGUUCUUCAUGACUGAUGAGCUGAGGCAGGAGUUGAUAAACAGGCAUUUAAUAACAAUGGCGCAGAUUGAUCAAGCUGAUAUGCCAGCAGUACCUGCAGAGGUUGAUAGCUACCACAGCCUCUUUCCUCUGGAGCCGCUGCCACCUCCAAACAGAAUCCACAAGUCAAGCAACUUUGGGUACAUCACAUCAUGCUACAAAGCCGUAAAUGGCAAGGAUGAUCUGCCGUACUGCCUGCGCAGGGUGCAUGGUUUUCGUCUUGUAAACACAAAGUGUAUGUCUCUGGUUGACACGUGGAAAAAAGUUCAGCAUUCAAAUGUUGUAUCCUUGCGAGAAGUGUUUACAACCAAAGCUUUUGGAGAACAUUCCCUUGUGUUCGCAUAUGACUUUCAUGCUGGCGGGGAGACUAUGAUGAGCAGACAUUUUAAUGACCCAAGCGCUGAUGCAUAUUUCACUAAAAGAAAGUGGGGCCAACAUGAUGGUCCUCUGCCUCGCCAGCAUGCAGGGCUGCUUCCUGAAUCCCUAAUCUGGGCUUAUAUCGUCCAGUUGAGCUCCGCUCUGCGAACCAUUCACACAGCCGGCUUAGCGUGUCGUGUCAUGGAUCCUUCGAAAAUUCUCAUUACUGGAAAAACCAGACUGCGUGUGAAUUGCGUUGGGAUUUUUGAUGUUUUAACAUAUGAUGGAAGUCAGAAUCCUGUGGCUCUUAUCCCCCAGUACCAGCAAGCAGAUCUGAUCUCUUUAGGAAAAGUUGUCUUGGCACUGGCUUGCAAUUCUCUGGCAGGAAUUCAGCGUGAGAAUCUUCAAAAGGCAAUGGAGCUUGUGACCAUAAACUACUCUUCAGACUUAAAAAAUCUCAUUUUGUACUUGCUGACUGACCAAAACCGGCUGCGUAGUGUGAAUGACAUCAUGCCAAUGAUUGGUGCCAGGUUUUACACUCAGUUAGACUCUGCGCAAAUGCGUAAUGAUGUCAUAGAGGAGGACCUUGCAAAGGAGGUGCAGAAUGGAAGGUUGUUCAGGCUGUUGGCAAAAUUGGGAACUAUUAACGAAAGGCCAGAGUUUCAGAAAGACCCUGCCUGGUCAGAGACUGGGGACAGAUACUUGCUUAAACUUUUUAGGGAUCAUCUCUUCCACCAGGUGACAGAAGCAGGAACUCCAUGGAUCGACCUCGGCCACAUUGUCUCUUGUCUUAACAAGUUAGAUGCUGGCGUGCCGGAGAAAAUAAGCCUCAUUUCCAGGGAUGAGAAGAGUGUACUUGUGGUAACAUACAGUGAUCUUAAACGCUGCUUUGAAAAUACGUUUCAGGAACUUGUGGCAGCCUCAAAUGGCCAGUUGUAGUAUUUGCUGAAAGCAUGCAGGACAUUGAAGAACUAAACCGACGGCAAAUUGCACUACAGCUGAAAUAGUCAUUGUCAUCUCAUUUCACAUGGAAUCAAACCGGAGAUGAGCGACGCUGCUUGCACUCAGUCAGGUACACUGAUACUUGGAAGAGAAGAAUGUUUUCAUUGAUCUCUGAGCUAUGGCUGCCAACGGAGGAUUUAUCUGUGAAGAAAUUUUAUUUUAAAUAUUAGGACACCAUCAAGUGAAUGGUGUUCUUGCUUUUAUUUUCUCUACUUAUGUAUGCACUAAAUUUUUUAAUUUUUCCGCCUUUAUGAUCUUCGGAGUGUCGCCACCGUGAACGGACAUUUAAGGGAAACCUUUUCAAGGACAUUUCGGGGGCACUGUCUUCACAAAUAUUGCAGAAUAUGAUGUAUAUAACUUGUGUACAAGGACCACAAAGUGGAUCAAUUUCCAUAAACU